AUGACCAAGCGCACCAAGAAGGUCGGUAUCACCGGUAAAUAUGGUACCAGAUACGGUGCCUCCCUGCGUAAGCAGGUGAAGAAGAUGGAAAUCACCCAGCACGCCCGCUACGUCUGCACCUUCUGCGGCAAGAACACCGUCAAGCGCAAGGCUGUUGGGAUUUGGGAGUGCAAGGGUUGCCACAAGACCGUCGCCGGUGGUGCUUACACCGUCUCGACCCCGGCCGCCGCUGCCACCCGCUCCACCAUCCGCCGUCUCCGUGAAAUCGCUGAGGUUUAA